AUGCCCAAUUUUGCACAGGAUACCAGAUUCUCGCAUGAUCCGGUGCAUCGGCACGUCACCCUGUCAGAUGGAAGUCCUUCUUUGAUGGGACCACAAAUUGAGCACCAGGGAUGGCGUGAGAAUGGUAUGUCAACUCCACGACGUGCAUUCAACUGGUGGCGGCCAAACCGACGCAGAGCUGCAGUGAUUGAUGCUAAACGCCGACAAUCCACAACAGGAUACCCGGUGGAUACCGUUGCCGACAAACGCGAGAGUCAGUCAUUACGUAUUCGUGGCAGCAGUCUUCCUCCGGGGGAUCAAGCAAGGCGCACACUGCCAAUUGAUAACGAGGUGAAGUCACACAGGCUGAAUGCACGAGUGCCCGAAUCGUCAUGGCCAGGUGUACAGACACUCGGUGGAGCUGUGUGGACAAAUUUGCACACACUUGAUACCACGUUGAAUAUAAGACGUGAUGAUCCCCGUGGUUAUCAACGGUGUUUCAGGCAGGUUCCGCCAGUGAGCUGGAGUAACAUCCAAGUGAGUUGA